CUCUGCUUCAGAAGAGGCUCUUCUGAGGCUGCUGCCAGUGGUCAAAGCCUCCAACAAAGCUCUGUUGAGUGACUGUAACCUCUCAAAGAGAAGCUGUGCAGCUCUGUCCUCAGUUCUCAGCUCCCAGUCCUCUAAUCUGAGAGAUCUGGACCUGAGUAACAACAACCUGCAGGAUUCAGGAGUGAAGCAGCUUUCUGCUGGACUGGAGAGUCCACACUGUGGACUGGAAACUUUCAGGUUGAAUGGCUGUAACCUCUCAGAGAGAAGCUGUGCAGCUCUGUCCUCAGUUCUCAGCUCACAGUCCUCUAGUCUGAGAGAUCUGGACCUGAGUAACAACGACCUGCAGGAUUUAGGAGUGAAGCAGCUUUCUGCUGGACUGGAGAGUCCACACUGUGGACUGGAAACUCUCAGUCUGUCAGGAUGUCUGAUCACAGAGGAAGGCUGUGCUUCUCUGGCCUCAGCUCUGAACUCCAACCCCUCCCAUCUGAGAGAGCUGGACCUGAGCUACAAUCAUCCAGGAGACUCAGGAGAGAAGCUUCUGUCUGCUGGACUGAAGGAUCCACACUGGAGACUGGACACUCUCAGGAUGGACCAUGGUGGACUGCAGACACUGAAACCUGGUCUGAGGAAGUAUGCCUGUGAACUGGAACUGGAUCCAAACACAAUGAACAGAGACCUCAAACUGUCUGAUAACAACAGGAAGGUGACAUAUGUGGAGGAGGAUCAGUCAUAUCCUGAUCAUCCAGACAGAUUUGACUACUGGGAACAGCUGCUGUGUAGAAAUGUUCUGACUGGUCGAUGUUACUGGGAGGUCGAGUGGAGAGGAAGAGUUUAUAUAUCAGUGAGUUACAGAAGAAUCAGAAGGAAAGGAGACAGUGCUGACUGUUUGUUUGGAGAGAAUGAUCAGUCCUGGAGUCUGAGGUGCUCUGAUGGUGGUUACUCUGUCUGUCACAAUAAGAGAAGAACACCCAUCUCCUCCUCCUCCUCCUCCUCCUCCUCCUCCUCCUCCUCCUCCUCCUCCUCCUCCUCCUCCUCUGUCUCUAACAGAGUAGCAGUGUAUGUGGACUGUCCUGCUGGCACUCUGUCCUUCUACAGAGUCUCCUCUGACUCACUGAUCCACCUCCACACCUUCAACACCACAUUCACUGAUCCUCUGUGUGCUGGGUUUAGAGUCGACUAUGGUUCCUCAGUGUCUCUGUAGGAGGAGCAA